CCACUGUAGGUCCUUAAUCAGGUUCUCUGACAACAACCAAUCGCAAUAUACGUCACUUUGCAACUUUCAAAAUGCUCAUGUGACAUCUAAAUUUGCAGUUUGUUAUCACAAUGUUUAUUUUUAGGGUAUUUCUUAGGAAUAAUUCAAUCAAAAUUUCAAAAACCCAUUUAGAUUGGACAUCGCGCCGUUCAAAAUUGUUCCACACGACAACCCCGAAAAAAGGUGACUGCGGACAAUAUGACGUUUGUACUAUAUCGGAAGGUAUGGUGGACCCUUGCAAACCAGAACCCACAAUCGUUAUUAUUGGCGCCGGGAUUGCCGGAUUGUCAGCAGCGCACCGUCUAACACAGUGUGGCAUUAGUAACAUUACCGUUUUGGAGGCAAUUGACAGGCCUGGAGGUAGAAUCCAUUCCUGCUGGUUAGGCGAUGUGAUCGCAGAAAUGGGAGCGCAAAACAUCGAGGGAAGCUGCAUAGCCAAUCCAAUAUAUACAUUAGCCUGUCAGGAGGGUUUACUAAAACCGCCAAUUCGUCGAAGUAAUCCAUUGCACAAUCUCUAUUGUACUAGUGAUGGCCGAGCCGUGGACGUGCCGAUUUCGAUUUCCGCCUUUCACACUUUUCAACAGAUUGAACAUGAAGCAAUGCUGUUAUUCAGCAUGAAUACGGGACGCCAACAUGGUUCUUUGAAAAACUUCUUCGCAAUACGCAUACAACAAGAACUGCAACAUUUUCCCGAAGAACAGCGCUAUGACGCCGCUCGAGUUAUGUACGGUUUAACUAAUGUGAUUCGUCAACGUACCGGGGAGGAUUUAAGUCAAGUUAGUGCAGAUAAUUACGGCAGUUUCAUUGUCGUACCCGGUGGUUCCAUACGGGUUCCCUUUGGGUAUGUUGGAAUUCUUGCACCACUGCUACGGGACCUGCCAGAAUGCGCCGUGAAGUAUAAUAAGCCCGUCCAGUGUAUACGUUGGGGUGCGGUUACCCAAAAGGAAGGAAGUUCAAGGGCGGUAGUGCAUUGCUGUGACGGUGAGGAGUAUUGCUGUGACUACGUAAUUAUUACUGUUUCGCUCGGAGUUUUGAAGCAACAUGCUGAUAAACUGUUUUGUCCUACUUUACCGGCGGAGAAAAUGGAAGCAAUACAUAAUUUAGGCUUCGGGCAGCUAAACAAAGUAUUUUUGGACUAUGCCAGACCGUUCUGGGUGUGGUCUGAAGGUGGUCUUAGAUUUGCGUGGUCGGCCGAAGAGUUAGAAUGCAGGAAGGAUUGGACGAAGGGGCUCAGUGUAGUAGAAGAGGUUGAGGGAAGCAAGCACGUACUGUGUGCGAGUGUUUGUGGUCCCGAGGCGAAACAAAUGGAGCAAGCCUCAGAUGAGGAGGUAGCGGCGGGUGUGACUAAGGUGCUAAGGCAGUUUACUGGUGAUGCAUCGCUGCCGUAUCCCAAUACCAUUUUAAGAUCGAAAUGGUCCAAUGACCCAUACUUUUGCGGAGCGUACAGCUUCAUGAGCCUAUCGUCUACUGUGGGCCAUCAAUGUGAUCUUUCUAGCCCUCUGCCGGGACCAUGCGAACCUGUACCUCCCAUAUUACUAUUUGCGGGCGAAGCUACUUGUGCUGGACACUAUUCAACUGUACACGGAGCUAGACUAAGUGGAAUAAGGGAAGCGGAGAGAAUUAUUCAGUUAACAAAGAAGAUUGGGGGACCGCCUCCAAAACGUUAGACAGAAUUUAGAAACAAUGUGCAGUGUUUUCUUAUCACGUAAAUACCAAAUGUAUGCUUGACGUUUUGGUAAAGUAAUAAAAACCGUCUUCCUCGCUUA